AGGUCCUGAGUGUUUUCAGACUAGAAAGAACUGCACCUGCACUUCAACUUUCACACCAAUACAGAUCAAUACUGCAGUCAUGUGGUGUGAGUGCUUCCUCCUCCUCUUCCUCACUCCUCUGGUGUCUGCUCAGACUCUGCGCUGUGGGCCGUGUCCCGCUGUAGGUGUGCAGCCGCAAUUCGACUUACAACGGUACCUGGGCCGCUGGUUUGAGAUAACCAAACUCCCAGCAUCCUUUGAGAGCGGAAAAUGUAUCGAGGCAAACUACGCCCUGAGAAAAGACGGGACAAUUCAAGUGCUCAACAAACAGAUGGAGGAGAGAGGGAGAAAUAUAGAAGGCACUGCAGUGGUUACGGACCCUAAGGAGCCAGCCAAACUCGGGGUCAGCUUCUCUUACUUGUCUCCCGUGGGCACAUACUGGGUGCUGUACACAGAUUACACCAGCGUCUCUGUGGUCUACUCCUGCACUGAUAUACUGCGUCUGUCUCACGUGGACUACGCCUGGAUCCUGGCCCGGUCCCGAUUCCCGUCCGAGGAGACCAUGAGGAACGCCACAGAGAUCCUGGAGAAAGCAGGAGUCAAAGCGUGUGAGCUGAUCCCAACAGAGCAGACGGGCUGUUCAGACGACACCAUGUGA